AUGCUUGUCAUAGUCUCAUACUUUAUUUACUCAAUAAAUGAUGUGCUUUCUUAUCAAUACACACUGACUUCUUCUUCGCAAUUAAAUGAUCUACUGAGAGAUGAUGUCAUAUAUAAUGUUAAAGACUCAAUGGAUAUGGCAACCUAAGUCAUAUACACGGGUCCUGAUGAGUCAGUCGCCGAAAACAUAGACCUAUAUUUUUCCAUAUAUUUUCAAAUACUUUAAAGAGAUGGAAAAAGCAAGCACGGAAUAAGUAACUAUACUUUAUUUUAAGAGUAUCAUUUUGAAGAAUGUAAAGAGGGCAGAUUUGGUACCUUAGGUGCAGCGGCCCAUUACAGGGGAAUUUAUGAUUACUAUAUGUGCCCAAUCACAACUGAUUUUUUUGUUUAAGGGGAUUUUGGCUCAAAAAUUUAAAAGUCAUUAGUUCUUAUUGUUGAUUAUUGUAACCAGACUUUUCUAGACUUGUAAAGUCCCGGAAAAGGAAGAAUUUGUAAAUCAAUCCAGGAAAUAGAUUAAGUCAUUCCUUUUAGUAUACUCUACCAUCAUAACAAAUAAUUAUAAUUUGACUAAAAUGAUUUUACGUCAAAUCCAGUCAAAUCUACUUUGUUCGAGACUCCUUUCAACUUAAACACAGGCAUAUCUACUGCAUACUUUUAUAAGAUUACUAAAACUAGAGUAACAUUAAAGGAUUAUUUGCUUUCGAAUUCGAUGAAUCAGUAAGAGAUUGAAUACUAUAAUUAUUAUGAAUAGUAAAAUGAGAAUAUGCAGUUUAAAUACCUUCCAAAUGACAAAAAACUUGGAUCAGCUUACCUACCUAAUGGUUGGCCUUUAAUAAGUGUAUUUCAUUUGGUUGAUCCUUAUGUUAAAAUAUAAGAGAGACUAAGAUUUUCAUUACUAGAUGCUCUAUCAAAAACUGGAGGAUUUGCUGGAGUGAUUUCUUUAAUAUUCAUGAUUCUUUCAAGAUUAAUUAAAUUUGGAACUUAUGAGGAAGCUUUGAUAUCGUAGUUAUAUUUGACAAAGUAGCAGACAUUAAAUAGGAAAAUUAAAAUCGGGGGCCUAUCUAAUAACUAAAUACUUAACUAAUCUGAUUCUAUGAAUUCCCCACCUCCCAGCUCCAAAGAUUAGUCUUCAUCUUAGAUAGAAUUGGACCUAGGUGUUUGUAGUUAAGUUUGA